GAACUGCAGCCGUUUAACUCUUUCCUCGCCUGCUGUUUGUGUCCUAUCAGUGGAAGAUGGCGACCAGAGUCCUUCAGAGCUCUCUCUCCGGCCUCUAUCGGGCUGCACACACGGGCCGGGCGAAAGGACGCGCUUCCGCUCUUAUCAGGUUUGAUCUCAGGGGUCUGUCAGCAUCUAAUAACCGGAGCCGAGAGGACAGCUGGUUCAAAUCACUGUUUGUGCGGAAGGUGGACCCCAGAAAAGACGCUCACUCCCAUCUGUUAGCCAAGAAAGAGGACAACAACUUGUAUAAAAUCCAGUUUCACAAUGUGAAGCCCGAUUGCCUCGAGGCCUACAACAAACUCUGUGAUGAGGUGCUGCCGUCCAUCCACGCAGACAGCUGUUACCCGUGUGAGCUGGUGGGCACCUGGAACACCUGGUACGGGGAGCAGGACCAAGCUGUGCACUUGUGGCGGUACAGAGGAGGAUAUCCAGCUCUGACUGAAGUCAUGAAUAAACUGAAGAAUAACCAGGACUUCCUGGAGUACAGGAAGGAGAGGGGGAAGAUGCUGCUGUCCCGCAGGAACCAGCUGCUGCUGGAGUUCAGCUUCUGGAACGAGCCGGUGCCCAGAGACGGACCCAACAUCUACGAGCUGCGCUCCUACCAGCUGAGACCGGGGACCAUGAUUGAAUGGGGAAACUAUUGGGCCAGAGCCAUCAGCUACCGGCAGCACAACCGCGAGGCAGUGGGCGGCUUCUUCUCUCAGAUUGGAAACCUCUACAUGGUCCAUCAUCUCUGGGCGUAUAAGGACCUUCAGUCCCGAGAGGACACGAGGAACGCCGCCUGGCAGCACGACGGCUGGGAUGAAGUGGUCUAUUACACCGUGCCUCUCAUUCAGCAGAUGGAGUCCAGGAUCAUGAUCCCGCUGAAAGCGUCUCCUCUCCAGUAGUGCAUCCAGCAAACCAUCACCAAUUCAUCCCCAUGAGCUCCAGACAUCAGAUCCCUUCACUGCCGUCUCCCGUCACGCACCACACACUUGUUCGGACC